AUGAAAUUGUUACUUGGAAGCAUCAAAAGAUUAUCGUCGUCAUCGAAAACAACUCUACCUCAACCUUCUGCUGGUAAGUCUUCUUCGCUAUUGAAAACAGUUCUGCUACUGUCUGGCUCUGUUGCAAUCGGUGCGCUAUCAUGGAACUACUACAAGGAGAGUUUAUAUCAAAGGGAGUUAUCAAGGGAUUACUUCUCGAAGUACAAAAUCAGCAAGAAGUAUUCCAUUGAUCAGGAUCACUAUUUGAUCGAAUUGACACCUUUGAAAGCACAGAAGGUUAAUCUUUGGAAAGAAAUGAACUCUUCAAAACUCUGGUCAGUCGAAGUUAAACAGCCAGAGAUUAUGGUUGUUAGAAGCUACACACCUCUGCCUCUGACAAUCGAAGAAAACGGAGCCGUUGAAGUACUUCGAGAUGAGGAAAACGCCAGCGGCGCAUUAACUUUCUACAUUAAACAGUAUAAACAGGGAGAAGUGGCUCGUUGGAUUAACCAUCUACCUUUGGGACAUGUACUUGAGCUGCGUGGACCGUUUGUAGAAUAUGAAUUCCCUGAUACUGCCGAUGAGAUCACGAGAGAUAGAUCGUUCUUAUGGGGGAAUGAAGAUUGUGUCAAAGACAAUUACAAGUACCAACCAUUCGAUAUAUUGUUCUUUACUGGAGGCACAGGUAUCGUUCCUUUAUUACAAAUGACUUUAACUGAGUCACCAUUCAGAGGUAAGAUUGGUGCUUAUCAUAGUUGUAAAUCACUUACCGAAUUAGGGCCGUUGAAUAGUAUUCUAACAAAACUUCAAGAUAACGACAGAAUCGAAUUACAUACACAUGAGAGUAACCGGAUUUCGAUUCCUUUGCAAUCUGAUCCUGCCAUGGAAGGAAUACCUUCUCCUUAUCCAUACGGUGGUAAUGAGCCGUUUACCUCGUUAGACUCAAAAGUGAGGCCAGUUCUCUCUCUUGUAUGCGGUCCAGGUGGAUUUAUUUCCACGGUUUCAGGGCCAAAGUACGAUUUGGUACAAGGCCCAAUCAAAGGAAUACUAGCUGCUCGUGGUUGGGAUAAUUCAAACGUAUAUAAGUUGUCGUGA